AUGCCUAGCACUCUGAAGCUGGUGCGCAUGGAUGACGCCUGUGCGGUAGCAUUCUGCACGCGCGACGGCGCCCGCAUCACGGCAUGCGAGGUGGCCCAGAACCCGGACGACUUUAUGUCGGGGUUAAGCGGCAGGAAAGCUAAUAUGUUGGCUGGCGCGGCGACCACAAGCUACAUUAUAUGCGCCUUGAGUGGCGGGAACACAUACAUUCCCGUGCUGCCGCAAGGACAACAAGGGGAGUCCACAAACUUUGCGUUUAAGACGACCACCGCGAAUCCGGUGAUGGGGAGCCACACGCCGAAGGAGUGGCGCGUCGCGUUUGCGUCGCUCCGCACGACGUUUCAUGGUGUCGAACUUAACAGCAGCACAGACACGGUGCGGGCUCUCUUGGGUGGUGCGUUGCUGUCUGCCUCGGCGCGCGUGUGUCCCUCUGCGAGUACGGUGGUGCAAACGGCGUUGUUCGCACAGAUGUUGCCGGGCCUGAGCUCGACAACCACCACGGUGGCGUACAGUCAAUCGUACCUUCGGUAUGCGAUGGAUGAGGUACACUUCUGCUACGUGUGGGACGCCGGCAAGCGUGUGUCGUACGCAGGCUCGCUCACCUUUGCGGCACGUCUGCCGUCGGAGAUGACGACGUUGUCGCCUCCACAUGAUGGCUUUCGCGCCGGUGCGCCCGUUUCACUGAGCUUCACCUCUAACACCACCGAACUUCGGGCGCAAAGCGAUAAGUUGUUCUUCUACCGCCUUGACGCGGUGUCGAACGUGGGCGUCAGCUGCUACUGCGGCUUGGGGUGUUUGGGGUGGGCGCAGGUGACGUACAAGGGCGUGCCGCUGGUGCCCGGAGCCUCUGCCAGCACGGUGACGUGGACGCAGCCACAAGGGUUUGACAACUACGACUACGACGCCGUCUACGUCGUCUGCUACAACGCUACUAAGGCCGGGAGCGCGACGUACAUGGGCCAGCUAAGCGUGGGCAUGGCUCAGCCCACCUACUACACAGCCCAAAACGCGGGUGGCACCAACCGUGUUGGGUAUCCCAUCACACUGACGGUCACGCAACUCUGCGUGGGCGUGGGCUGCCGCAGGUUGAGCCUAAACGACGAGAUACAGCUUAUUCCCGCGACGGAAACGUGCUUGAAGCUUGGCAGUGACACGGAGCUAGGCGGUAAUGUUGAGCCUGUUGGUAAAGCGACCUGCACUGGGACUGAUUACAUUCAGCGGGUGGUGGUAAAUCGGGCUGGUGACUACCGCAUGUGUUAUCGACUUGCCAACGAAAGCUUCUACGAGGAGUUGAUCUCCGAUCUUCUGCAUCCCCCCACACCACUGACUGUGAGCGCGGCCGACCCUGCAAGUUUUACCACCACACCUGCAUCACCAUCCGCAGGGCAGUUUACCUCGGUGCAUUUGACGUGCUCCAACGAACGCUGCAAAGUCUGUACGACGCUGCGGCUGGUGCCAGGGGAGAUGGCCUCCUGCUGGGAGAAUGUCAGCAACACCUUCUCCAGUAACGCAUGCCAAACAACUACGGUGGUGGGAUUUUUCAAUCAGUAUCUGCCGAAGGGCACAUUUACCGCUUGCUACGGUGCCGUGAUGGUGAACAGCCGUCGUGUGCCCGGGGCUCUUACAGUGGCAGCCGCGAAUCCUUCCAGCUUCACGGCGUCCAGCACGAACAUUUUUGUGAAUCAAGUCUCUGAGGUCACUCUGACGCUGGUGGGCACCGGGCUGACGUCGAAGGACCAGAUCUUUCUGCUUACCAACAAGGGCUACACCUGUCAUGAUCUUGGGACGAACGUGCUGCAAAGCAAUGGAACACUGCGCGCGUGGUUUGCGCCGAGCAUAAGUCCGAGCCCGAUAAUAGUGAACACUGCCGGGACCAGCGCGACGUGGGUUGUCUCAGAUCGCGAGCACCGCUUUGGUGCGGGUCUUCUUUCCGACCCCUCCCUAUGCGACAACCCCGGGGUGUCCUGCAGCAUGCGCCUCUGCUACAUGCGCAGCGGCACCAGUUGGGCUCCUGUGCCGAUUCAGUCGGAACCGUUUCUCAGCCUCUUCCCGCCAAACCCGGUGAAUGCCUCCUUCGAUAGAUACCCAUUAGCUGUCGGGAUGUACUCCGCGGUCACCGUCUUUGGACAAGGCCUCACCGCUGCAGAUACUGUGACGGUACGCAGGGAUACGUGCGGUGGGAGUGCCGUCACGGUUGCUGUCGGCACGGCAACCGUGAGCCCUGAUGGGAUGCAGUGGACUGGCGUGGUGCGCUUCACCGCGGCAGGGGCAAUUAACUACGUGGUAUGCUACACCUUCGGAACUGUUUCAACGGAAAUUGGGCUGGUGCAGGCGCAUGGUCAUGGCAUUAUCGUGGUGCUGGGGGAGUUGUACUAUCUGUACACCGCGGCGAACUUCACCGCGGACCACACGCUGUCGACGUAUGAGGCCCUCAUGGUGAGUGGCUCCUUCGCCCAGAACCCAGUGGACCACCUCGACUCGGCGGCAGUUAUCUCGGUGACCACGGAGUGCAACUACAUACCGUACUACGAAGCAGCCAACGCCCACCCCGAGUUUGUGGUUCUGCUGAAUCUGCAGCGGCUCUCGUCAACGGACUUUGGGGCACGGUUUACACUACCGGCAGACACGUACGCGUUGUGUCUGCAGGUGCAACUGGGCCUUUUCCGCGUCACCCAGAGCACCGGAAUGGUGCCGUUCACCGCCACCCUGGCGAACCCGUCGACGUACGCGUCGACGCCCAACAUCCCGUUCCCCAACCAGCCGUUCACCCUCACCUUCCCCCUGCUCGAUGGGAAGGUUGGGGAUACGGACGCGGUGACCAUCAUCGACGGCGACUUGUACGACUGCGGCUACCGCAAUGUCACCGUCGUCGCGGAAUUCCCGGUGCUUCCCGACCUGUCCCCUGGAGCUCACGCUGGGAUUGUCACCGGGGGCACGCUGCCUGUGGAAAUGCUCGGCAAGUUUCUGACCGUCUGCUAUCGACGCAGCGGGGGAACCUUUGCGACAGUCCCCCGCGGCACGCUGGUGGACCGCAAUUUUCGCCUGACCCCACAAGUCCCCAGCGCGUGGACUCAUUCCCCGGUGCAGCCGCAGGCCUCACGGACGCUGCGCAUCACCUUUGUCGGCAAUGAGAGCGAACCGGACUUUCUGCAGAUCAUAGAUCGCGCCGCGCUGCUGUUGGUGACCGCGGAAGGUCAUGAGCCAACAUGCGACGAGACGCCUAUGCUCCGCAGCGGGGACCUGGAGAAGACGGGUAAGGACACGACGUGGACUAUUCCCGCCAACCAGACGCAGAAUGGGACAUACGUCGUCUGCUACAUGUCGGUGCGGAACGGGAUGUCGGUGCGCGUGACCCACCCGCCGCUGCUGACCAUUUUCUCUCUGCAGUCACCCAAGGGCAUCUUUAAGAACACGGGUGGCCCCGUCAAUGUCUUCAGUGGGGAGCGGUUUUAUUUGAUGUUUGACACGGACGUCCCACUGGACCCCGUCCUCUCCUUCGACAGCAACGCCAGCGCGAGGGAUGCCGUGCUGUUCUCGACCAAACCCGACUGCAGCUCGCCGCUGACCGCGGCGGAGGUGGCCACCAUUCCCGCAUCGUUUCACUACAAGCCGGUGGUGGUUAAAAACUCUUCCGGCCUAGUCGUCCCCUAUCUGCACCUCAUCCUGGCCACCACCAAGGCGACAGAACUUGUGGUCUGCAUGCAGCGCACCGGUCGACAUGCGGGGGAGGCGUUUUACAAAUAUGAGAUGAUUGGCGACCUGGAGAGCCCCGCCAUGGUACGGGUGAGCGAGGCUCCCAUUACAGACUACGUAACUGUGCCACGGCACCCGCGUGCAUGGGUCCCGUCGAUUGCCGUAGCGCCAACGUACAGCAGCAGGUACACUGUCAAAAAUGUGUUCCAGCUUUUCUUCACCAACGGCUCCGCAGCUGUUGCUGCUGCUGGUAGCGUCGUGAAUGAGUGUUACCGCCCGACGGCGGAGGAGGCGUCAGGCACACCCGCCGAGGGUGUUGUCCUGCUGGAUACUACACUGCAGGUGGACCUGGCAAUGAAUGUCACAUUGUUGCCGUUUCCGCGCGCUGGCCCUUUUCAGUUGUGUGUGCAGAUUUCGGGGUCGACGCAGCACGCCGCCGCUGUGCACACCGCUGCGCUGGAGGUUCUAAAUUCAUCGCCGACUGCGUACAUCGUGCCGGAGGUAAUUGGGGUGGGAGCGGACUUUCAGAUGGCUUUUAGGGCGCUGGACGGCAUCUUCGCCGCCACCGUGACGGGGAACGUGGCGCAGGUGUUUGUGGCGCCACCGGAUGUGGUGAGUGGGAAGGCGAUGCCGGACUGCGCGACGGGCGUGGCCCCCUCGGGCGGUAGCAGGACACGGUUUGACACCUUCGACGCAGCAAACAACACCUACGCGACGGUGCAGCCACGCAUCCAGGUAAAGGGCUACUUCUACGUCUGCUUUCGCGUUUACGAUCAGACUGCCUUUUUUGUGGUGCCGAACGCGGUAGGCGGCGUCACCUUCUCCGUUGGUCUCACGGGGCCGCAGAGUUACAUGGUGGCCCCGUCCCCGGCGUACAUGGGCGAGGUACUCAACAUCACCAUCCUUGGCAACGUUCUUAGACACUCGGACCACGUGAAGGUCGUGAAUGUCAGCGGGGAAACGCCGGGGACGAACCACAGCUCCCGAUGCACAGCAGAGGCGGCAAACGCGGACGCCGAGGAAAAAAAUGGGCCACAAGGGAGCCUGGUGAGUACGGUGAGUCCCACACAAGCGCAGUACAUGCCACGGGUGAACUCAACUGGCGUCUUUAUCAUCUGCUACCAAAGUGUUUCGCUGGCCAAUGUGUGGGUGUGGGUCUCGCAGCUGAACGACUUUAGUGUCGGGCCACCGCACCCUAACGCGUAUGCGGUGCAGCCGUUGUCCCUCUACGCGGCGGAGGUAGGUCGCCUGCACAUUAGUGACAGUCCCAGCAGCGCCCUACUUACGGACAAAGAUGAGGUAAAGCUUGUGCAACGUGGCAGCGGCAUCGUCGGGUUUGACUGCUCUGCGGCGGCUGUGACCAGUCCAGAUAUCGGGCUUCUUGCCCGCGUCACAGCCGCGAGCAACAACACGGAUGCCAUGUACCAACUCUGUGCGCUGGCGACGACGCAAGUGACAGUGUGCUACCGCCUGAAGCGUGGUGCGUGGGCGGAGGUGCCACGGCGCGUGAAUCCCCCUUCGUACCUCUUUGAGCCUGUCAUGUUUGUCGCAAGUCCAUUUGGAGGUCCCACCGCCACCCCAUCCGCGCCACGACCAUACGAGCCGUUUGUCUUGACGUUUACGAGCAGUGUCACAGAGGUGGUGGUGAGCUACGUCGGCUUCGCCCAUGCCCCGCAGAAGCUGUGCGAGGCGAAUCCGCCAUACGUGAAGCCCAUGUACUACGUGAAGAACACCACCGUGGCGAAUUCCUUCACCGUCGCACUUGCAGCGGCCGGUGAGUAUCAGUUGUACCUGGGCCCUCAUGCGGCGGAGGGGGACCCACGCAUUGCCCAUGGCCAAACCUUCACCGUAGCGCCGUGCGAUCCGUGCAGCUUUGGACCAUCGUACGCAUUCAUUGAGAAUCGUGUGGCGUUGAAGUUUUCAAGCAACGGCGGCGGCGGCAGCUUGAGUCUGCGGGACACCGUGCGUCUCGUUCCGCUCAGCCAAGGGGCAGACGGUAACCCGUGCACCGCCCCCAAAGGGGCCUUCGCCUCCAUCACGCUAGAAGCCAAUGCGACUGUGAGUACAAGCGACGUCACCGUCUUUAACCUCUUCACGGGUAACACGAGCUCCUCGCUUGGCGAUUACUACCUUUGCUACCGCAAGGGGGCGAACGAGUCGAACUACGCCCUGGUGACGGACGCGGCGAACGAGCUCUUGACCUUCUCCAUCUACCCCGCGCUUCCAACGCAGGCGUCGACGUGUGAAAGUCACCCUGCCUUUUUGGAGACGGUGACGUUUAACUUCUCGUUUGCCGCCGCCACGUACCCGAAGCUCGCCUUCUCUAAUAAGGAUGAGUUUCUGCUGCUUCCACCCAACGUCGACUGCGGGGACGCGGCCUCUGCCACUGCGCCUGGUGUGAUACACCCGGUGCUUCACAGCCUCGUGAGAAAAGACCUGGCGAUGUGGCUGUCGCAGCUGCCCGGCGGAUACAGGACGACACGGUACACGAUAUGCUUCCGCCUGGUUGCCGACGCCGUGGCGCGCGUGGUGGCGCCCCGUGCAAUUGACGUUGCCCCACAAAACCCGGCGCGGGUUGAGACGGAGCCGUGGUUCAUUCAACCAAAAACCGCGCCCUUCACGAUGCGGAUCUACGGCAUGCAGCUUUCGCAGCACGAUGAUGUGUACGUCGUGGAUGCCUCGACGCGGUGCGACGAGCGGUGCGGGGAGACACUCACCCCGCCCAAGUUGCCAUCCGCCGUGUACACCAAAAAGUUUAGGAACACCACGCUGAUGGAGCUGCAGUUUACGCGGGCUCUUAACGAAAACGUCACAAUGGCGGUGUGCUACCGCCGGGCGAGGCAGUUGUUGGUGCGCCUCGCUGUGUUUUUCGUUGGCAACACAAACCCGAUGGAAUACGAAACGGACUUUGUGCCACGCCUCGGCACACGGCCGACGCUCACCUUUCACGGCGCUGGCCUGACCUCGCACGACCGCGUCUUCAUCCUUGCGGAAGGGAUGUACUGCGACGAGAGCUACGCGGUGGCUGUGGGGACGUUUGUCGAUACCGCGGCGGAGGGGACGAGGAGCCGCUUUUACAUUCCCCUCGCUGCGGCCGCGGUGCGAGUGGGUCAGUACUCGGUGUGCUACUUUGUCAAGGGGAGUGCGGGCUACGCGUUGAUGCCAGUAGCGUUGAAGGUGAAGGCGGGGGGAGCCUCGAGUUAUGUGACGAGUAACACGCCAAUGCGGGCACGGGCCACUGUGGUCACGUUUGAUUACACGGGAGACAUUGGCGACACGGCAAUGAUUGCGUGUGCCGGCUGCAGCUGCUGGGAUGGAAAGGCUGCCACGCUGCCGUACGGCAACCCGGAAGGGACCGCCACGGUGUCGCAAAGCAAGAUUCAGCUGCGGGUAGGCAUAGACGACACCGCCGCCUACGCCGUGUGCUACCGCGUGUCCGACAGCGGCUACGCGCAGGUGGGGGCGCAGCCUAUACGCCCGGUGGAGAACACCCCGGCCGCUUUCACCAUUGAGCCCAAGUCGACGUUUCAGGGGCAGCGACUACGGGUCACUGUGACGGGGUUUGAGCAUCCCACGCUCAACAGUACGUUAGAUGGGGGGAAGAAGAAAGAAGAGAAAGUGCAACAGGCGAGCCGCGACCCUUCUCCCUACCGACAGACCCCGAAGCCAAACGAUGCCGCGAUGCUCGUGACGGUGGAUCGCCUUUGCUGGGACACGGCCACCAUGAAUUCGACUGGUGUCCUUGCCGGCCCCUCCGACGUCGCUGGGGUCACCCCCACGGAAAGUUUCUGGCAGGGACAUGUGCCCUCCCUGGGCCCUGCCGCCCUGCCACUGAGCGACUUCCCCAAGUCUUUCACGCUCUGCUACCGCGAGAAUGGGCAGGCAGAGUUCGUUGUGGUGCCGUUUCCGUCUGUCCCGUCGGUGAUGCAGCCUGCGGACCCGUCCAAUUUUGAUACGGUGCCCCCGAGCGUCUUCAGUGGGAUGCUUCGCAUUGGUAUGACCUUCGCUGGCGCGGCCGACGGGGACACCGCCUCAAUUGUGGGGUACGCCGGGGCUUCCUUGACGACGAACCACGCCUGCGACGAUAACACCUCGAUGGUCCUGGCACAACCCGGGCCAGUGCUGCCAUCGUAUACCUUCAGUCUCCCACCGCAUCUCACGGCAACCUCGACGGUCGUUUGCUACGUGCGUGCCGGAGCCACCGUGGCGGAGGUGCCGAAGUUGCUGCAGCUUACAGCACCGAAUCCUGGAGGGUACGUGAUGAACACACCUGCGAGAACGGAACAGCAGCGGCAGUACCUGCUCCUCACGCUCACUGGCACCGAACUUGACCCUACAACUGACGCGGUCGUCUUUACCAACGCGUCGUGCGCAAGCAGUUCGACGUGGCCGCCCGUUUCUGCCUCGUCUGUGCGGCGUGUCAGCGCUCUCGACGCCACACCCCACACCGCGCAGGGAACCUCCCUUACGCUGGCGGCCCAGUUUGUUGAGACAACGCAAACGAAACUGUUCGUCUGCUACCGCCGUGGAAAAGUAUGGAGUGAGGUGGGGAUGCCGUUCUCGCUUGCCAGCCCCGUCCCUAGAAGUUUGGCGCUUCAGCCGCCCGUGGGACUUGCCCGUGUGGGGCAGCACAUACAGAUCAAACUCCACGACGCCGACACGCGGAGGCUCGUGGCGGCAGCGGUGAUUUCAGCUGUUGACUCCAGCCCCGAAUCGUGGUGCCAAAACUUUACCGUGGCCAAGGUACAGGAGCCGCUGCUAAAGAUUGUCAAUGAGUCACUGCUCGACGUUGCGGUGUGGCGCACCGCCGGUCCUGCACGCGUGUGUGUGCGCUACGGAACUGCGCCGUGGUCGGAUGUUGCUCUGACGCCCACCGGCGCCGUCCGUGAAGUCGUUGUGGGGGGCCCCAAUCCGUCGUCCAUGCGGCCCUUCCCCCACCCACCACGCGUGGGUCAGCAGGUGACGCUGACGUUUCAGCUGGUGGAGGCGCCAAGCGCGAAGGACCUCGUGCGCAUCGCUGAACUGCAAGCCGAUGUGGCGUGCGAGCAACUGAAGCCUGCGCCAGGCUUUCCGAAUGACAUGCCGGUGGUGCCCGAUGUGGAAGCAAAGACAGCUAGUAUUACUCUCGUAGAUAAGGAGGACAAGUUUAAGUACCGAAGUUUCAGCCAAGCUGGACGGUUUCAGGUUUGCUACUACAGUGCGGCUGCACACGCGUGGAGCCUUGUGGGUGGCUCCACUGACACGAGUGUGAUUGAGGUCUUCCCGAUGGUGCCAAGCAGUUGGAGCCCUGUGACUGACCUGCCUCUUGUCUUUGCUGAGCCGUUUGUGCUACACUUUGACGACGGCUCCGGCAGCUUGGAUGCCUCCAGCGACGCGGUGUGGGUGGCGCCUUCGACGCAAUCCUGCGGUGUCACCCCGGACAACUGCCCACGUUGCAUCGUAUUUGAGUUGGACGCGGAAGCCUCUACGAUAGAGCGGGUUGUUACAAAGCCGGCGGUCUCUCUCACUUUAGGCAAGUUUAACCUUUGCUACCGGCUCCGCGGCGCCACGGCGGCGUUGCUGUCGCCGCUGCUGGAGAUCGUGGAGGGCGAGAUAAGAUGCCUCAAGCAGGAAACUGUACGUGUUGGUCAGCAGCAAAACGUCACCUUCGAGAAGAAACAAGGUAUCAGCGUGGAGCACGAUGACUGGCGUGUCUCCUUCUUCGGCACCAGUGCGACGAGCUGCAGCAGUGGGUACGACCCGGACUUUGUGGAGGGCCGUGCUCACCACCUCAGCAGCACCGACACCACUGUGACAUACGGCGUGGAGUGGCCCGUGUCCAUGGUGGGCACGCGGUACCUCAUCUGCUACACACACAACGGCGUCGCACGGCCCGUGUGCACCUGUGAGCAGGUGAGCGAGAAGUCAGGCGAGUGCUACGUGUCGACGCUGCGGGCCUCCCCGCUUUGGUUUGCCCCAAGUCCAGACCCAACCUACGUGGGGCAAACGGUGCGUCUACAGCUCAAGCUAGACCCCGCCAUGGAACAGCACCCUGUCACAGAUGUGAAGCUGGUCUCGUACAAAAAUUCUCUCACCGUUUGCACUGAUUCCGUGGCAUUUCCCGUGCAUGGGCGUAUGAUCGUGGAGUCUCACACGUUGUAUGUGUUUGAGUUCAAGUACACACACACGCAGAAGCCGGGGACGUUUAUUGUAUGUGCGCUCUCGCCGGAGUUGUCUAAGGAUUAUUACUCCCGAGUCGGCACAGUGAACCCGGCACGCUCGUCGAAUACGUUUCGGGUGCGGCCGUACAUGAUGUUGACAACGUUCCCCAGCGACCCUAACCUUAUCCGCGCGAUGCAGACCAUUCGUAUGACCUUCACGCAUAGUUCCUCCGAGGCGGACGAUGUGGUAGGCGUGGGGGAUCGUGUGACGUUCGUUGCCUCGCCAGAUGACUGUGUAGCAUCCAUCAUUGACAACACCUCCACCGCGACGGUGAUGAACCUUUUUAUGGCAGAUGACACCUCCUUCGCGACCGUCCCUGCGCCGGUGUUAAAGCCAAGCAACGUGACGCGCUCCUCCCUGGUCGAUGUCACCUUUGAUCCCCUUCACGGCCUGGGGAAGCGUGUCGUCUGCUACAAACUGGCCCAUGGCACUUGGGCCCCGGUGAUGAACGGCAUCGAUGUGCUUGCCGCCGCCGUGAAGGAGUGUGUGACGUCGCUGCCGGGCUUAAUCCCGGGCCCCGAUAGUGACGCAGGCGCGCGCGCGCUACAGUACCUGCGGACCACCAUUGUCGGUACCAAGGAGACGAGUACGCUGCGCGGGCGGAAUGACGCGGUGCGGAUGGUGCCGCAGUCCUCCCUGUGCAUUGCCGACGACGCCGCCGUCUUUCUCACUGGUGUCAGCAUCAUUGAUGCGGAAAAGACAGCUGUUAUUGCCUUUGCCCCGACUGCGGGGGUGUUUAAGGUUUGCUACCGUAUCGGUGGGGCGGACAGUACGACCUCCAACUGGAGCCCUGUCUGCACACGACUGAAAUUUACGGAGCCGACACCAACCGGCCUCUUCACCGGUUGCCUGCGCCUGGGGCAGAGUCUCACCGUGACUGUGUCGCAACGGAGCGGGUUUGAGUUUGCGCUGACGGACACGUUUCGUUUUGUGACUGGCGAGGAUCAGUGCAUUUACGCCAACGGCACGCAAACGGUUUCAAGUGACAUUAUGGUGGGGGAUGCAGCACAAAAGAUUGCGGGAACGCCGGUGACGAAAGCCGGCCCCACGUUUGUCCUCCCUGCCGCUCUGUUGGGUGCGGGCAGCACUACAUUCCGCCUUUGCUACAAGGACACGCAGGGGAACCAGUUUGCCGUCCCGCUGGAUGCCACAGAUCGGGCUCGUUCGAAGUUUACGGUGGCCCCGCGCCUGAUUGCAUCAGUGCGUACGCAAGACAGCAAAACCGCAGGGCAGCGUGUGGUGGUGACGUUUACUGCAGCGGAAGCUUCAGGGAGCGGAGGUCUGAAGCCGUUUGACAGGCUGCCGCCCAGCCCCUUCUCGCCUGGUCCUGAGUACGAUGGCAGCUUUGAUGCGGCAACGGCACUGCACCUCUCGGCAUCCGUUGCGUACCGUGAGGGUCGCUGCUUCGCGGUAGCCCCCACGACGUACGGCGUCUACGGCAACAGUACGCAGGUGCUGGGUUCCUUUGACCCCGUACAGGGCGGCACACAUCUCGCCUGCUACAGGUCGGCGGGCUGCAGCGUCGAGGACGUGGGUCCACCGUUUCCUGUGGGCGGGUACAACCCCGCUUCAUUUGAUGUGGACCCGUUAAAGCCACGCCGUGGGCAGAUGCUGCGUGCGAUGUUUACACGCAGCCAGGAGGAAGGUGCCCACCGGCUUACACCGGGCGAGGACCGUGCCGCGGUGCAAAUGGACCUUCCCUCCUGUUGGGGGCUCCCUGCAGAUGCCGGGAAGAUUGUCAAUGGCACGACGGAUAAGACAGUUAUAGGUGGCGUCUUCUUUGCCGCACAACCGCCGCAUGUUUCGAGUAUUUCCCAACUGCGUCUUUGCUACGAGCUACAGCAUGGCUCCUGGUCGAAUCUGCCAGGGGGCGGCACCGUCCUGCUGCAGCCGGCCAACCCCAUCAGCUUCGCGGUGCGGAACGCGCCGGCACGGACGAUGCAGCUGAACUACAUUGAAUUCGCAGGCAAAUCUCUCGGGGCGAGGGACCGGGUGAAGAUUAUUACAAAGUCCAGCUUCUGCCAAGAUGCGUCCGUCCCACCCAGUGAGAUUGUUUCGCAUGCUUUUGGCACCACGGACCCCAUCCCGGGCACCGCUGAUGGAUGGACCGUGACAAAUGCCACAGUGACUAGCACCAUACUAAACAUAAGCAGCACCGGCACGGGCACGUACAGUGUUUGCUACAGACUCGCCACGGACACUGUCUGGACACUCGUGUACGGUGACCUCGUCAUCAGCACGAGUGACCCGGCAGGGGUUGUGCAGACGCCUGUAAGCACGCUGGAGGGCGAACUCUUCACACUCAACUUCACCGCCGCGGAGGCUUCAUCUACGUUGUCAGAAAACGAUCGUGUUGCCUUGUACACCGGCGUCCUCUCCUGCCUUGCUCCUGGAAAGUCGCCGGUCGUUAUUAUUACCGCGCCCUCUCGCAAGGAUUUGCUGCCUAGGAAUUUGUUCUUUCAGAUUGCCGCAGAAACGCGUGGGGAUCACACAUUAUGCUACUGGAAAGCCAACGGUCACAUCAUUAUUUGGGGCUUUGACAAGGUAGUGAUUAGGCCCAACCCGUUAAACUACACAACAGUGCCCCCCGCCACCGCGCUGCGCACCAGUCAACUGAUAAGUAGUGUGUUUUGGGGGUUUGGUCUCAUCGCGGACCCAAGCGCGGGAAAGACGGAUCAGGUGAAGCUGAUACCCUCCACACAGUCCCAGACAGAUGGGGCGUGUCAGACUGUCGCGACAGCGGCAGGUGUCGAGUACUACCCGCUGGUUGCCAACGGUACGCUUUCGGUGCAGACCUUCCGCUCCUCGCCUGGCGCUGAGGGUUCCUACUGGGUGUGCUACAAGCUUGACGGCGGGCAGUUUCACGUUAUGACCGGGGCUGCCUUGGUGCUGGGCGUGGCGGACCCGUACGCCGCGACAGCGGCGAAACAUGGAGACGUUAUUUUGGACGGCGAGAUGAAUACGUGGACCAUUAAAAGCAGGCAGCCGCCUGCGGCGGAGGAUGCCCUUGCCUUCUACAGCGCGAAGCAGUGCAACGACUUCCCCUACUAUGUGACGCCGGCGCCAUCAACAGCCGAAUUCCCUUACGGCGUUACCGUUGUGCGGGACGGUGUCGCCCGACUCCGCGCCGGCUCCGCGACGGAGGGCGGUGUCACACUCGCACUCUGCUACUACGAUGUGGGGGUGACCACAAUGCUGUCGGAGUCUGCGGCGCGGGUGGUGCGGGGGGUUCCACCCUCGUUGAGUGCACCCGUCUCCGCCACAGCGCUUCAGGUGUUUCAGUUCAACCUCACCGUCUCCCCCACACCACUUGAUUACGUGGUGCUUGUGGCAAACCCGGAUGCCUGCGUUGGGUUGACCGCGCCGGUAUCCCCCAGCAGCGUGUUUAUCGACGUUCUCGAUGCAGGCGGCCACGUGGUGGUUACAACUGCCGUUGAAAGGGCGGGAACGUUUUACAUCUGCUACUCCCACCGCGUGGAUCGCUGCGACGAGGACGCUAAGGAGGAGUGCGCUCGCAUCGUCGGCACGGUGGAGGCGGCAGCCGCAAAUCCUUCCAAUUGGACCAUGACACCUGCUACGGUGUUCACGUCGGAUGAAGUGGAGAUUGAGCUGCUGCGUCCAGCGGGUGCCGCCGCGAGGGCGUUGGAGAAGCUUUGGCUUACGCCCACCCACAUCGACGCGGCCACCACCAUGAAGCAGGUGGCGGCGGCGUGCAUCAAUACCAUGACCGGUGGGGAUCGCAUUGUGCUGCAGCCCAAUGAACAUCGGAGCAGCGUGUGGACGGCGCGGCUGGAUGUUGAGGCGGCCUAUGCCCUUUGCUACCUCUCGAAGGAUGCCGUGUUGCCGACCAUCUUUCCGCCCCUGUCACACGCCGGGCCUGUGGUGCACUUGACGCAAGUCACGUCGGUCACCUUCGUUGCGACGCCGGUCGUCGGCAUAAACGCCACCGUCAUUUUGCAGGGACGGGGGUUGUCGCAGGGCGAUCAACUUUUGGCAGUAGGGCUUCCUGUGGAGCGCAACACACCCGCCGACAUAUGUACCAAUCCAAGCUACACCCCACGUGUGACGGCGGUGGCCUCCGAGGCGGGAUACGGCUUCAACGCUCUUGUCUACCAGCUGCUGUUCGAGACUGCCAGCGCGUACACGCUGUGCUUCCACGCCAUGGCGUCCACAGAGCCCACGGUUCCCAUCACAGCAAAUAACUUCAACGUGAGCCCCGCGGUGCUAAGCUAUACGAUGGAGUCCGUGGCGUUGACCAACGCGCCACUUGAGUUGGAGUUUAGGGGCCACGGACUGCAGGCAAGCGAUCAGGCGGCGUUGGUGUAUCUCUUGCCAGGGACAAAAGUCGAAAGUGCGAGUUGCGCGCGUGGGAAAUAUACGGCGGUGUCAAGUGCCAGCGAGGACGGCACCACCAGCCAUUACAUCACGGUACCCACGCAGCCAGGAACGUAUGCCGUCUGUUACAGAAAACCGGGCUUUACAUCGAUCUUGUUGCCAGAGCCGGUCAACGUAUCAGUGCAAACAGCCACGGCAGCAGUCUUUACUGUCCGGCCGUCGUGUUCGGCGUUGGAGGUGUGUUCCCCGCAGCCUGUGGUGGGGCUUACAGAUGCCGCCGGAGAGCCGACGUCGGACCUUGGAGCCACCGUGGUGAUGCACCUGUGGCUGGCGGAUGGAAAGGCAGCUGAUGAACUUCUCACUGGGGGUACGGUGUACAUGCAGAAGAACUACAGUGAGUUUUACUUUUUUGUCAUCGAAGUCUCCACAGCGGGGGAGUACACGAUGGAGGCGGAGUUUACCCUGCGCGGUGGUGUGCGUCUUCGGGCAAGCCUGCCGAAUCUCGUUGUGGAAAAAGCUGAGGAGAAGAACAGGUUGGCGGCUGUUACGUGUGAACCGGUGGGCAUUAUUGAGCGCCCUCUGCUCUCUUCGGGUCAGAAUGAUCCAUCGGCGAACAUCACAUGCGUCAUCACGGCAAAGUCCCCGUUGGCGCCCACAGCGUACACUGUGCAGCUUAACGCGGGAAGGAGCACGGAGGUGGUGCUUGACCCCCACAGUAGCAGUGGCCUCCCGUGGUAUAAUUUUACGGUUUUUCCACCGUACGAUAUGCCGCUGAUUCAGUUUGUCUCCAUCACUACAAAGGCGGCCCCACCGCUGCAGAGUUGGCCUGUCAUGCAUUCGCCAGUGAUUGUUCGCAUUGGGUCAGAGCCUGAGGAGGGCAGCAUCUUGUCAUGUGCUUCCGACUCCUCGGAUCUACCAUCCACGACGAUGGUCCGGUUUAAUAGCAAGGUCACCUGCUACGCACAAGGGCGGCGCAGGAUUCAGGGUGUGGAGGUUAACAUUGUUGCCUUGCCCAUGUACAUGAAAAUCUCGCGCGAGUACAACGACGAUAGGACGACGGACAAGGCGGUCAACAUUGGCGCCUACCCAGAAAACCUGGACGGGAAUUACGUGUUUCAUGUGGACGUCGCCGAGGUGGCGCGGACCCUGGCCAUCCUGGGCUUUGUGCCCUCGGCGCAAGGAAGUGGUGUGUUUGUUCCAAUGCAAGGGAGCCCGUCGCGUUUUACGGUGAUUGGCGAGCCCCAAUCCGGGGAGUCCACCCUGACGUGCGUGUCGGUGGCAACGGGGUCGAAGGCGUGGUUCGCGCCAGUGGAAAGCUUUCAGUGCACCUUGUCGCUGCGGGGGGGAGGGAUGACCGUCAACGGGGUGCCGCAGGACUUUUUGGUGAGUAUGCCCCAAGGUGGCAGCACCCAGCCCAUUUCCAAAGAGACGUGGGGUCCCACUCUCGUCAUUCACGGGGCGGUUCCACCGAUUGCGCAGAAUGCGACGCCUCCGGCGGCAUCGCAGCUUUUUGGUGUGGAAGUGACAUUCCUGCCACAGUUACGUUCCAUCGCCGCCGCCUCUGGCACAGUUGUCUAUGCCAGCUCCAUAGAAGCGAAGCAGGGAAGCGGCGGUUACAUCGUCCUCAUGUUAAUGGGUUCUGGGUUGAGUCCCGACAACAAGUACGGCGUACGCGCGACGUUGGAGUGUGACAAAGGCGUGGAUAGGGUGGCCAGCGUGAGCGGCAGUGACGCCGCCAACAUGCACCUGCAGCUCUCUGUAACGAAACCGGGCGGACCUUUUUAUCUUUGCUUUGCGCCCAGUGAUCAACAGGCACGCUGGCAGCUGCUCUCUAACGUGGUGCUGAACUAUCAUGCUGGUGGUGUUGUAGAUAUGUGGACCACGCUGCUCAUUGUGGGAGUGAUACUCCUCUUCAUCCUGCUGCUGCUGCUGCUGCUGGUGGUGUGGCGGGUCUGCAUGCUAAAGCGCCGGGAAGCGCCGCAGGGUACGCCAAAGGCCGUGUACAUGCCGCCCCGUGCAAAUUACCGCUUUCUUCGCCGCGACACUACAAACGCGCCCGUGGAACAGCAGCUGCAUUCGCCGGAGACAGCGCCGCCGUCUUCCUGGCAGGUCUCAGCACUGCAGCGCGACGAUGCUGCGGCAGCGCAGGUACAGUGGAACAACCCACAACAGCACUCCAACAUUGACGGCCGUGAUGACUACUCCGCGGCAUCCGCGGAGGAUAGAAAUGAAGAGACUCUGGGGCGGUACGUGGGCACUAAGGAGCCGCAGACGUUUGAACGCAACAGAAAACGGAGGUCCAAGCCACAGCCUGUCGUGGAGACUGAUUCCAGCGACGACGAGCACCGCUUUUCGCGUUUUAUUCCUUCUGUCCCACCGCCUCAGCCGCCACGUGGCGAGGAGCCCCCUCCGCUUAUUGGGGCAGUGACGGAGACCACAGAGACGCACGCGCGGGCAGCGGAGGAGACGCCACGCUCUGGGCCGUACCAACACCUGCAUCAGCCGCGUCAGGAGCCGUCGCCGGUGGAAGCGCCGUCCCCCGCCACAGCCACAACCACGGCCAUAGAGGAAGACGCUGGCGGGGCGCAGCAGUGGGUAGGGCCGUUUCUUGUGCGAGGACACACCUCGCGGCCGAUGGUGAGCCCAACGCCAGCGCCGAACGGCUCCAGCAGGAACGGCGGCCCGCCGAAUGGAAAGUAA